AUGGCGCGGCAACGCCGCACCCUGGGUUUUCUAGUGCAAGGGAAUACAAUGUUUCAACAAAAAGUGGACUUCACAACACAGGAGCCAAUUAUGAUCCGUAUCAAUGACAAAGUCCUUGUGAUACUGAACCCUAACUUUGUCCCUCAAGGUCUUUACAAUAUCGGGAUCCAAGGAAAGUUCGGAGAAGACAAAUGCUGCAGUGGUGGCGUCUUACCGAGAUUACUGACCUCAGUGCUUGCUAAAAAAAUGUCCAGGGUGGCGGCGCUGCUAACGCUGGUGCUGGUGAUCGUGGUGAACCUGGCGCUGGGGCUCCUCCCCCGGGUGGACAACUUCGCCCACAUCGGCGGCCUCAUCUCGGGCUUCCUCCUCGGCUUCGUCUUCUUCAUCCGCCCGCAGUUCGCCUGGCUCACCCAGCAGGGACGGGUAUCAGCAGUUGCCGCGCAGCCUGGCGGGCAACCAACGGCGGCUGCAGCUCCUCCGGUACCGGUUCCGGUGAAGCGCAAGCACAAGACGUACCAGUACGUGCUGUGGCUGGCCGCCGCCGUGCUGCUCGUCGUCGGGUUCACGGUGGCCACCGUGCUGCUGUUCAGAGGGUACAAUGCGAACGAGCACUGCCCGUGGUGCCACUACCUCAGCUGCGUGCCGACCACGAGGUGGAGGUGCGACGCGUCGCCGACCACGUGCACGGGUAUGCAGCAGGAGAACACGCUGACCGUUGUCUGCGCCGGCGGCAAGAACCAGACGUACGUCGUCGCGUCGUCCGCGGAUGCCACGCAGGACAGGAUCAACGACCUCUGCAACCAGCUCUGCACCUAG